AUCUUCAGGAGGGCGGAGUCUGUGCGGCGGAAGUGUUUCUGUAGGACUUUAUAAAACGCCUUUCUUUAUGUUUUUAACAUUAAACCUUGCUGUUCUUCGGUCAGAUAGCGGCUGUGUCGUAAUCUCGUCCAGUUCAAAUAAUGUCGGAGUCCAUAAAGAAUGUCGCGAUAUUUGGAGCCACGGGAAUGACCGGGCUGGCGACGCUGCCGCAAGCCGUGGCUGCAGGAUACAGCGUGACCGUCCUGGUGCGGGACGCAUCCAAGCUGCCGGCGGACCACAAGGCGUCCAGAGUGGUGGUGGGUGACGUCCUGAAUAAAGACGACGUGAGGACGACUCUGGAAGGCCAGGACGCAGUCAUCAUCAUCCUGGGAACCAGGAGUGACCUCAGCCCAACCACCAUGAUGUCUGAAGGCACCAAGAACAUCAUGGAGGCCAUGAAGGCACGAGGAAUCCGCAAAGUCAUCGGCUGCAUGUCAGCGUUCCUCCUGUGGGAUCGCGCCAAAGUCCCGCCUCGUCUGGUCCCAGUGACGGAGGAUCAUGACCGGAUGUACACGGUUCUGAAAACGUCCGGGCUCGACUACGUGGCUGUUAUGCCUCCUCACAUUGCCAGCGACCUUCCUCUGACGGAGCGCUACAUGGCGACAGAAAACAUGCUUAAAGGACGAGCCAUCUCCAAGCACGAUCUGGGACAUUUCUUUGUCAAGUGUCUGUCCACAUCGGAGUGGGACAGAAAGACUGUGGGAGUCUGGGGAGAAUACAAAUAAUCCCAGAAAACUCUCUGCAGAUGCUUCCAAUUUUUUACUAUUUACACUAAAAAACUAAAUAGAAAAGGGAACAUUAACACAUAAAUCAAGGGAUGUUUUUGAUUUCUGAAAUGAAUUCCAUCUCUUUUAUUGGUAAAUAAGCAAAACAUGCUUCAGAUCUUUUUGUUUUCUUGUCUUUAACAGCCAUAGCACAAGAUUUCAUCUUGUUACCAAACUUUACAACAUAUGAUGCUUUUAUCCUGCUCUGGAUUCAUUGUACAGCUGUUGAUAAUAAAGUCCCUUUCCUGUCUUGCA